AUGAGUUGGCGAGGAAGACGAUAUAGACCAAGACGAUGUUUACGACUUGCUCAGCUGAUUGGGCCUAUGCUUGAGCCCAGUGUGCCAGAGCCUCAACAAGAAGAACCACCAGCUGAAAGUCGGGAUAGUACACCUGGUCAGAAGACAGAAGAAGAUCAGGGUGCAGCUGAGAUUCAAGUGCCUGAUCUGGAAGCUGAUCUCCAGGAGCUGUCUCAGUCAAAGACUGGAGAUAAAUGCGGAGAUGGUCCUGAUGUCCAGGGGAAGAUUCUGACAAAAUCAGAGCAAUUUAAAAUGCCAGAAGGAGGAUCCAUGAACAUCUUCAACCAAAGCAGAAAUAGCCUAAUCAGAAGAGAGGUGAGGGUUCAGGUCACCAAGUAA